UUUCUAUGUUUCAAGGGUUUCUUUAAUGGGACCUUAGCAUUCAUUUCUCUUAUUUUCAUGGCAAAAAAUAUCAGAGAUUUAAUCUUUCUAAUUUAUGGAAAUUUUUCCCCUUUUUUUUGACCCAUUUUCCAGGACAGAAUUCUAAUUCAUUUUUGAGAGGGAAACUCGCAUCCGCUACCUUUGGGUGCGUACAGGUAAAACCCCUGCUCUUAUGCAAUAGGUCACAAACCAUAUAGGAGAGGCAAUUUGCACUAGGCAAGUUUGGUACGACGAGCUCGACCCAGAAGGCGAACCCCUGUAUUCGGUUCUGGAAAUGGACGAUGAGCUCAAGAAAGGGGAGAGUCAUAUCACAUCAGCUGCAGCUUUUGUGGAAGGAGGAAUUCAAGAUGCCUGUGACGAUGCGUGCAGCAUUUGUCUGGAAGCUUUCUGCGAUAGCGAUCCUUCAACGCUAACAAGCUGCAGGCACGAGUUUCACCUCCAGUGCAUCCUCGAAUGGCAUCAAAGAAGUUCUAAUUGUCCAAUGUGUUGGCAGCCCCUAAGUCUGAAAGAUCCUACAAGUCAAGAAUUGCUUGAGGCAGUGGAACAAGAGAGGACUAUUAGGUUUAAUCAGGCAAGAAACGCUACGAUGUUUCGUCGUCCUACGCUGUUGACCACGGGUAUGAGUGAGUCUGAACUCGAAGAGCGCAUUAUUCAGCAUUUGGCUGCUGCUGCAGCAAUGGGACGGGGACACCACUUUGGUCAACGAGAGGGAUCAAGAAAUCGGCCAUCUCCCCAUGGUCGUCCGCAUUUUUUAGUGUUUUCAUCUCAUCCUGAUCCAUCUCCUACUGCUGCUGCUGAAUCGGAUUCUCGUCAAGCUAUAGCUGAUCCUUCUGUUCCUAUAACACCUGUCCGCCAUGAGACUGCACAGUUCUUGCCUCACCUCUCAUCUGGUCAAAGUAAUCAACUUUCUGCUUCAUCAUCUCGAUAUGUUCGCCCACAAACCGUUAAACAAGAAAUAUCUGUUGGCGAUAGAAGCUCUUCUGGUCCAUCUUUGACAGAAAACGAGGAUACCGAAGGACCAUCAGACCUUCUUCAUUCAUUAUCGGAAUCCUGGAAAUCUCGAUUUAAUUCAAUGUCAAUGAAAUAUAGAGAAUCAAUCUCAAAGAGUACACGCGGGUGGAAAGAGAGAUUGUUUUCUCGAAGUACUUCUAUGGGACAGCUCGAGACACGGGAAAAUAACACGGACAACAACAUACCUUCAAACGUUGAGCAGAGACACAACGAUGAUAUGGUUGCUCAUAACGGAAGCAGAUUGAACGGAAAUAAUUCUACGACUUCCUCCGCGAGUUCAGCUCGGAAUUAACUCAUUAUUUAAUCAGUUGCAUGGCAAUAGUCCUCAGCAUUUCAUCUUUGAAAGUUUUUCAGCUCAUCAAUCUUCAAAUAUGAUAUGCAAGGACGACAACAACAACAAUUACGUCUUAAUAUCAAACAAGUAGACGAUAUACUAUUUUUUUCGUGUCGAAUAUACAUUGUCUGAAAUGAAUAGCCAGAGAAAUGUUUAUAGUGUGUAAAUUAAAACAUGAGUUGAAUGUUGAAUUUCACUAAAAUUUGGCACCAAGGAGUUUGUCUUGAAUUUUUCACAUUAUAUACAUAAUACAACUUGAAAAAUUGACAUAA